AUGGAUCGCACCCACCAAUCAGAGUCCACGACCCGACCCGAAAACUCCGUCGUCCUCUCCAUCGACUGUCUCAAAGGAAGCUCAAAAAGCGAGGAAUGGAGCGGCGAUAUGCUUCAAACAGGAGACAUAGUGGAAGAGAUCAGGAUCGGUUCAGGACCCGGUUCUGCUACUUUCAAAGCUCCGUUUAAAGGAGGUAAAGCUUGGCUCCAGAAAGUUCUUCACAACUCAUACAAGAACAAAGAAACUUCGAUUGUUGUCAGAGUUAGACGUGGCUCCGAAGUUCUCUCUGAUCUUUCUGCUUGUAUUGUUCCUAACGAAUCCGCGGGCAAAAGACAGUACAUGCUUAGAUCCAUUGAUGACCCGAAUUAUACAGUUGGGUUCUCGGAUCGUACUGAGUCGGAUUGCCUCGGUAUACAAGCUUCAAGAGGAUCAAGAAUGGUGGAAGCAUUGGUGAGAGCCAAGCUUCAAGAUGGCUAUGUUUCAUAUCCAUGGGAAAGACGGAUGCAAGAAGCUCUACCAAUCUCCGGCUCAAGCAAUUUCCUCUCCAUUCUUUUUCUUCCCAAAGCUUCUGAUUAUGGAAGGGCGGGUUCUCGGUAUCACGACUUGGAAGACACACUUGCUCGUGCAAAUGCUUGGCUAAGUUGUUCACAAGCCAAUGGCGUACCAAUAGUCUUUAUGAAUAUACAGACUGAAUCUCUGCUCACUAAGAUAUCGGGAGAAACUGCCUCGGCAACAGUUAAUACAACAUCUCUUUCUGACCUGUCGAAUCUUGCAAACGCGAGUCUGUAUGGAUUUGAGGACUAUCAUGGAGUAGAUAUUGGUGUUGUGAGAGCGGUUCGGCUUUGGUAUGCUCCUCUUGGCGUUGAGUUGCCUCUUGAAAUCAAACUUAGAGAUGAUGAUACCAAACUUGGUUUCUCCAUUAGCCGCACUGAAGAGGGUUUCAUUUAUGUCUCCUCAGUAACGGACCACGAAGAUGAGAGUGCACCAGCUGCAAGAUCGGGCCUGAGCUCAUUAUACAGAGAUGCAGCCAAGGCGUCCCGUCGUCUUGUGGUUUCACGUGUUGGCAGCCAAAAGGUAUUGCCGUGGAUGGCUUCCUCUACAGGAGCCAUUCGCUGCUACGACACCGUUUCGCUCAGCCAGAAACUGUCGCUUCACCGUCACGCAAAGGUUUCCAUCAUCCUCCACGUUAUCCUCUGGGAUACCUCUGUCACUGCGGCUUUGUCCCCACCGCCCAGGAGCAGCAGCGUUGGUACCCACAUGUUAUUUAGUAACCAAACACUCGACUCGAGCGAGUUUUCGUGGCACCGAGUGGCUUCGCCACCACGACAGGUCGGUGACAGACAAGUGAUGCCAUUGCCGGAUGACGAGGAUGAUGUGUUCAGGUUGGAACGCGAGAAUGUGGGUAAUGCUUCGUUUAAGUUCCAAGAGAUCCCUUUUACUAACGAGUCCUUAUGA